AUGUGUGUUAUUGAGGAACCUCAGACUGUGCGAGACAGUGCCGUCCUUCCAACAGAUAAGAGGUUUUCCUGUACUGAGUGCGGGAAACGUUUCCGUUUUAAAUCUGGUCUUAAUGUUCAUAAAAAAUCUCAUACAGGUGAGAAGCCACAUUCCUGUUCUGAGUGCGGGAAAUGUUUUGUCCAAAAAUCAGAUCUUGUCACACAUCAGAGGUCUCACACGGGGGAAAAGCCGUAUUCCUGUUCUGAGUGCGGGAAAUGUUUUGCAAAAAAAGCACGUCUUGUCAUACAUCAGAGGUCUCACAUGGGAGAGAAACCCUAUUCCUGUCCUGACUGCAGAAAAUGUUUUUCAGAUAAGUCCUCUUAUAAUAGACAUCUGAAAUAUCACAGGGGAGAGAAGCCAUAUUUCUGUCCUGAGUGUGGGAAAUGUUUUUUAGACAAGUCCAAUCUUUACAGACAUCAGAGAUAUCACACGGGGGAGAAGCCACAUUCCUGUGCUGAGUGCGGGAAAUGUUUUUCGGAUAAGUCCAGUCUGUAUAUUCAUCAGAGAUCGCACACAGGGGAGUAUCCGUUUCCCUGUUCUGAGUGCGGAAAAUGUUUUUCAGUUAAGUCACAUCUUUCUUUACAUCAGAGGUCUCACACGGGUGAGAAACCGUAUUCUUGUCCUGAGUGCGGAAAAUGUUUUUCAACCAAGUCACAUCUUUACAGACAUCAGAGAUCGCACAUGAAGGAAAAGCCACUUACCUGUUCUGAGUGCGGAAAAUGGUUUUCAGAUAAGUCCAGUCUUUAUAAUCAUCAGAGAUUGCACACAGGUGAGAAGCCGUAUUCCUGUCGUGAGUGCGGAAAAUGUUUUUCAAGUAGGUCCAGUCUUUCCUAUCAUAAGAGGUCACACACGGGUGAGAAGCCGUAUUCCUGUCCUGAGUGUGGGACAUGUUUUGCACAGAAGUCAGAACUUGUCAGACAUCAGAGAUCUCACACGGGUGAGAAGCCGUAUUCUUGCUCUGAGUGCAGGAAAUGUUUUUCAGUUAAGUCGCAUCUUGACAGACAUCAGAGGUUGCACACGGGGGAGAAGCCGUAUUCCUGUCCUGAGUGCGGGAAAUGUUUUGUCCAAAAAUCUGAUAUAGUCAUACAUCAAAGAUCUCACACGGGCGAGAAGCCACAUUCCUGUUCUGAGUGCGGGAAAUGUUUUGCAAAAAAAGCACGUCUUGUCAUACAUCAGAGAUCUCACACGGGAGAGAAACCCUAUUCCUGUCCUGACUGCGGAAAAUGUUUUUCAGACAAGUUCUCUCACAAUAGACAUCUGAAGUAUCACAGUGGAGAGAAGCCAUAUUUCUGUCCUGAGUGCGGGAAAUGUUUUUUAGAAAAGUCCCAUCUUUCCAGACAUCAGAGAUCUCACACGGGGGAGAAACCACAUUCCUGUACUGAGUGCGGGAAAUGUUUUUCAGAUAAGUCCCAUCUUUAUAGUCAUCAGAGUUUGCACACAGGGGAGUAUGCGUUUCCCUGUUCUGAGUGCGGGAAAUGUUUUUCAUUUAAGUCACAUCUUUCUUUACAUCAGAGGUCUCACACGGGUGAGAAACCGUAUUGCUGUCCUGAGUGCGGAAAAUGUUUUUCAGCCAAGUCGCAUCUUUACAGACAUCAGAGAACGGAAAUGGGGGAAAAGCCACUUACCUGUUCUGAGUGCGGAAAAUGUUUUUCAGAAAAGUCCAGUCUUUAUAGUCAUCAGAGAUUGCACACAGGUGAGAAGCCGUAUUCCUGUCGUGAGUGCGAAAAAUGUUUUUCAAGUAGGGCCAGUCUUUCCUAUCAUCAGAGAUCUCACACGGGUGAGAAUCCCUAUUCCUGUCCUGAGUGUGGGAAAUGUUUUGUGAGGAAAUCAGAACUUGUCAGACAUCAGAGGUCUCACACAGGCGAGAAGCCGUAUGCAUGUUCUGAGUGCGGGAAAUGUUUUUCAGUUAAGUCGCAUCUUGUCACACAUCAGAUGUCGCACACAGGUGAGAAGCCAUAUUCUUGUCCUGAGUGCGGGAAAUGUUUUUGUAGAAAGUCCUAUCUUUAUACACAUCAGAGGUCUCACACGGGUGAGAAACCGUAUUCCUGUCCUGAGUGUGGGAAAUGUUUUUCUCAAAAGUCCGUUCUUAAUAGACAUCAGAAAUCUCACACGGGGGGAAAUAUUAUGGCCAUUGAAAGGUUCUCUUUUAUGAGACAUCAGGAGUCUUUUAGACCCCCCAUGUAUCUCCUGUCCUCCAUUGAAGCUGAUGAAGAGCAAAUUGUGUUCUAUUUGCAGCUUCUCCAGCCACAGUGCAAUAAAGACUUUUCAUUUGAAUUACUGGAGACGCCGGCUACCUUCUUUUCUGACGGAUACUUAGAACUAAUUGGGAUUGUAAAAGACAAUCGGAGCAGAAGUGACCCUUAA